AUGGUCGGGAUGAUGUGGUUCAAGAGGGAACCGAAGCCAGUGGCGGAGAAAUCCGUCGAAAACGGAGUUGUGGGCAAGCUGAGGAGGAAGAAAGCCGUGCUGUUGAAGCCUACAAGGGAGUCCAGCGAGAGGGAGACGUCGACGGAGAGCGACAAGGAGAGGAGACGGUAUUCUGAUAUACUAGAUAUGAAAGUAUCUUUGGCCCUCGCUUGCGAUCGUACUGGAGUCUCCGACAGAGCCGCUGCUAUUAUAGCUUCUUCUGUGUUAAAAGAUGUUGGCAUUAUUUCAACGAAGGAUCCAAGCGGUGUCAUUGAUCGUUCUAAGUUGCGUCGUGAAAGAACUAAAGUCAGAUCAUCUUUACAAGACGCAGAUCGUAAUAAAAUCAUACGCGGUAUUUAUUUUGAUGGCAGAAAGGAUAAGAGUUUAGUAAGUAUUAAGAAGGAAGGCAAAUUUUACAGAAAAAGAGUAACAGAAGACCAUUAUGUGAUUUUAUCGGAGCCAGGAAGUGAUUAUUUCGGGCAUGUUACGUGUGAGUUGGGAACCGCUAAAGGUAUUCAAAGUACAAUUAUACGUCACCUGAAAAUGAAAUCGGUGGAUCUGAAUAAAAUAGCUGUUGUUGGUUGCGAUGGAACUGUCGUGAACACAGGUUCCAAAGGUGGUGUUGUUCGUUUGAUGGAAGAAGAACUUAAGAAACCAUUACAGUGGUUUAUCUGCCAAUUGCAUUCAAAUGAGUUACCACUGCGACAUCUGUUAUUACAUUUGGAUGGAAAAACCACAGGGCCUAAAUGCUUUUCAGGUCCUAUCGGCUCUGAAUUACAAAAAUGUGAAACAAUGCCAAUUGUCGAAUUUACCGUCAUUCCUUCAACAUUACCUGAAAUUCCUAGAAAUGAUUUGAGCACCGACCAAAAAUAUCUUUAUGAUGUGAUGAACGCUAUCAGCACUGGCGUCUUUACUUCCGAUUUGGCUAAUAUCGAACCUGGACCCCUUAGCCAUUCUAGAUGGCUUACAACAGCAAAUCGAAUUCUAAGAUUAUAUGCUACUAAAACAGACCCCCUAGAAAACUUAAUGAUAUUAGCCACAUACGUGAUGAAAGUUUAUGGUCCGAUGUGGUUCACUAUAAAGUGUAAUCCAUCAUGCAUAAAUGGAGCUAAGCACCUGUGGCAAACGAUUAGCCUGACUCGCUAUUUGAGCGCGGAUUUGAAGAUAGUCAUUGAUAAGGUACUCAUACGAAAUGGAUAUUUCGGGCACCCAGAAAAUAUUCUUAUUGCUAUGCUUGGAGAUGACAGAGAAAUCAUUCGAGAACUAGCAUGUCAACAAAUUUUGAAAGCUAGAGCAGAGAAUGAUCAAGGACUUCGAACGUUCAAAGUGCCUCCUUUAAAUUUCGAUGCUGAAGAUUAUACCGACCUCAUUAAGUGGCAAGACUGUAAAAUAACUGAGCCACCUCUGACUUACAAUUUAUCUGAUGAAUUCUUGAAAGAGAUUGUCAAAUGCGGUUUGAGAACAUGUCAGAGUAUAAAAGAUUUCCCAUGCCACACCCAAGCCGUAGAGCGCUGCAUAAAAUUGGUGACUGAAGCUUCAAGUGCAGUUUGUGGAGAAAAUAAACGAGACGGUUUCAUAAGGGCACGAUUAUUAUCACGUCAGCAAAUGCCAAAUUUUGAUACAAAAAAACAAUUUAAUAUUUAA